AAUGGCUGACCUGAGAGAAAUGAGAAUCUUCUCUGCCGACCAAAUUGAAGUUCCUGACGAUUUGCCAGGGAUUCUCAAGGACUACUCCAAAGAGGUGAUCAGGAACAACCCUGAAGAUAUUUACGCAUUCAGUAGGAAAUACUUUGAGGACAUGUUGAAGAAGAGAGACAAGGGCGAAACUGCAGAUGACGUCGGAGCUAAGAAGCCCACUUAGAUAUAAUUCAUCAGCGUAGUUUAACCAACCAAAGUGAGAGCCUGAAUGGGCUUCUGGGUUUCAAGGU